AUGGAUGACUUGAACAAUUUUUUUAAUGACUCUGGGCUGAUUGACUUGAAGUGGAAAGGGGAAGCUAUGACCUGGAAUAAUAGACAAAGUGGUGAUACUCGAAUCUGCUGUAAGCUAGAUAGGGUGAUGUUGAAUCUGGCUUGGAUGGAUGUGUUCAGAUCUUCAGAAGCUACCUUCCACCCUCCUGGUCUCUCUGACCAUUCUCCAAUGGUGGUGGCUGUGUUAGAUGAGACUAACUUUGGCCCUAAACCUUUUAGGUUUUUUGAAGCUUGGAUUGGUAGAGAAGGGUUUGAUGAUUUGGUGCGGAAGGGAUGGGAGCAGCCUGCUGCGGAGACUGAACUGUACCAGACCCAAUGCAAUCUUGGUGAGCACCCUGAUGACCCAAAUUUGGUUCUUUUGGAGACACAAGCAAAGGUGAAGUUAUGGGAAGCCUUGGCUACUGAGGAAAAAUUUUUAAAGGAGAAGUCUAGGGUGAAGCAUAUUCAGCUGGGGGAUGGUAAUAAUAGUUUCUUCCACAAAUCUAUGAUUUGUAGGCAGCAUAGGAAACAUAUUCUGGAGAUUCAAGGGGAAGGAGGAAACAUUGUCAAGGACCCUAGCCAAAUCAAAGGAGAGGCUGUCUCUUUCUACAAGAAGUUGUUUGGGGCUGAUUCAGUUGAUAAUGGUUGUAUGCCCAGUUCGGUUCCCUUGCAGCAUGGUCCGGAUGGGUUUGGGGCUGCGUUCUUCAAACAUUCUUGGGAUGUGGUUGGUGAAGAUUUGACUUUGGCAGUGAAGUGGUUCUUCAGCAAGACUAGUCUUCCUAGUUCGAUCAAUGCUACAUUUAUUAGCCUUAUUCCUAAGACGG